AUUCCGUUUUAGCGCUUAAUGGGAUUCGUCGUGUCCGUCCUUGCGAGUUGAAUUCUAAGUCAGAGCCUUACGAAAAAUAGAAAGUGCUUUUGGUUUUUGGGGGAUUAUGACAGUAACGAAGGAUUCAACCUAACAAAAUCAAUUUUAGAGUCAUAACAUAACAUCACAAAAUCAAAUCGACACAAAUACAUACAUUCAUAGUUUUUCUUUCUUUCAUUCAUUCCAAAUCCCAAUUUCAUCUUAGUCAUCAUUCAUAAUAAUUUGAUACACCUGUCCCCAUAUUCUGUGGCAAUUACGAACCCUAAAAUACGAUUCCCUUUCCCUUUCAGAUCUUCCUUUUUUCUCAGAAUUUCGAGUCAAAUACGUUUCUCUGCCCUAUUUUUUGUGGAUUGUUAUGUCAUUGUCGUAGGGAUACCUGGUUGCCUAAUUGCACUAUUCUGCAUUGCUGCCAUGUCAGUAGGUUUAGUUUCGCUAGUCUGUUCCUGUUCGUUCCACAUACUGCGAUCCAAUGUCCAUAUCAACGGAUGAGUUUUGUUGAUAAAGAAUUAGGCAGUGUUUGAGUGAUAUGUUAGGGUUUGAAAAGGGCACCAGAAUUUGUUGCUAAUUAAUUAUGAUUAAUAACAUUAGCUGUAAGGGAGAGAUGUGCGUGUGGUCAUUGUGGGGUAUAUGCAUGUUGCAGCAACUUGGGGAGGAUGUUUCGUUGGUCUGAAACACUGAAGCUGGCAGGUAGAGGGUUUGCCUGGUGCAAUGCCACGCUCUGUGAAGGUCAAGCCUGUGUCUACGUUGGAAACUCUACAGGAGAUUGGUGUUUAUAUUCAUAGGUUUCACAAUCUUGACCUUUUUAGGCAGGGAUGGUAUCAGAUUAAGGUUACUGUGAGAUGGGAGGAUAGUGAAAAUAUAUCUUUUGGAAUUCCAGCCAGAGUUGUACAAUAUGACGCUCCUGAUCUGGAUCCUAGCAGUAUAUAUGGUGCAUGGAGGAUUGAUGAUACAGAUAAUAGUUUCUCGACACGGACCUUUCGGAUAAAAUAUGCUAGGCAGGAUGUUCAUUUAUAUAUGAUGAUCUCAUUCAACUUAUCCCGUAGUAACCUUGUGGAUUUAGCUACAACUGCGGUUAUUUUAAAGUUUGAGCUUAUGUAUGCUCCCUUGACUGAAAACGGUGCUGACUUGCAAGCUUCUCUGGAUGCGUCCCCUGCUGCUAUACAUGAAUUCCGAAUUCCUCCUAAAGCUCUUUUAGGAUUGAAUUCAUAUUGUCCUGUCCAUUUUGAUGCUUUGCAUGCAGUUCAUGUUGAUGUAAGUGUACAUGUCAGCCUACUGAAAGCUGCCUCUUGCUCAUCUGCAUCAAAGUCUCCCAGCAAUUCUGCCAACGCUGAAGUCGUGGUUGAUAGAAGUUACAACACAUUGGAUCAAGGCAUUGGUGGAGUUGUGACUCUAGAUAAGAAAAAUGUCAUGCUUAUUAAAGCAUUACUAACUGCUCGUGACAUAUUGCUGGAAGAACUACAAAAGAUUAGCAUAGCAGUUGGUGAAGCUUUAGAUAUGUCAGAGAUUGUGGCAAUAAUGAGUAACAUAAACUCAUUAAAUUCUGUGCUGCAAGUGAAUCACUUUGCAAUAGAUGUUGAAGUUAUAGGACAAGACAGACCGCAAAAUGAUGUUGAGGAAGGAAAUGGUUCUCUGGAUUUUCUGAAUGUUGAAAAGCUCCAGUACCUGUCUCAGAAUGAACUGUUAGAUUGUUUUCAUUCAUUGGGAGAUCAAUUGGUCUAUUUAUGGAGCAUAUUCUUAAAAUUUCACAGGGAUAACAAGACAAAGAUUAUAGAAUUUUUACGAGAUGCAUGGGCUAAGAAUCGGAAAGCUGAAUGGUCAAUAUGGAUGUUGUAUUCUAAGGUAGAGAUGCCUCAUCAUUAUAUAAACAGUGAGAGUGAUAAGUCUUCCCAUCAUGGUGUGCACAGAAGAGUUUCCAGUUUAUGGAAGUUACCUGAUGAACCUUUUCAGACUGCAGCUACACGUGCUGAGCUUCAUAGAAAGAGCAUUGAACAAAUGCGGAUUAACAACCGUUCAAUUCAAGACAUGCAGAUAUUUGGAGAUCCUUUGCGUACACCAAUUGUGAUUGUUGAACAUGUGUUGAAUGUACCACGACGUUGUCCAAGUGACAAUUCAUUCCUGAGACACAGGGGACGUGUACAUUCAGAUAGCUUACCAAUUGGCAUCAGCGCUGAUACUAUAGGCAAGAAAUCUGCACCACCAAGUAGUGCUCGUGUGUUGAAGAUUGUUGUCUUUGUGCAUGGGUUUCAGGGGCAUCAUCUAGAUCUAAGACUUGUCCGUAAUCAGUGGCUUUUGAUAGAUCCCAAAGCAGAAAUUCUUAUGUCAGAAGCUAACGAAGAUAAAACAACCGGAGACUUCAGAGAAAUGGGACAUAGGCUAGCCCAAGAAGUUAUUUCUUUUGUUAAAAGCAAAAUGGAUAAAGUAUCACGAUUUGGGAAUUUGGGAGAUAUUAGGCUAAGUUUUGUCGGACAUUCUAUUGGCAACCUCAUUAUAAGAGCAGCGAUAGCAGAUAGCAUGAUGGAGCCAUUUCUAAGAUACCUGCAUACAUAUGUUUCAGUAUCUGGUCCACACUUGGGGUAUCUUUAUAGUUCAAACUCAUUGUUUAAUUCAGGAUUGUGGUUUAUGAAGAAGCUGAAAGGCUCGCAGUGCAUUCAUCAGCUCACUUUCACGGAUGAUCCAGAUUUCCAAAAUACAUUCCUCUAUAAACUAUGUAAGCAGAAGACCUUGGAACAUUUUAGGAAUAUUAUCCUGAUAUCUUCGCCUCAGGAUCGUUAUGUGCCUUACCAUUCUGCAAGAAUUGAAUCUUGCCAUGCUGCUUCACAUGACACUUCAAAGAAGGGUAAACUAUUCCUAGAGUUGCUGAAUGAUUGUUUAGACCAAAUCCGUGCCAACUCCACAGAACUUCGAGUUUUCAUGCGCUGCGAUGUCAACUUUGAUGUCUCGACCCAUGGCAAGAAUCUGGACUCUUUUAUUGGGCGGGCUGCACAUAUUGAAUUUCUGGAUUCUGACAUUUUCGCCAAGUUCAUAAUGUGGUCGUUCCCAGAUCUGUUUCGAUAGCAAUGCUCUCUGCAUUCAAUUGUUCUAAUGCCUUAAGGCGUAACCUCUCACCCAUGUUUUAGCUUCAUAGAAAGAGUGGCAGGGCAUUCAAAGAAUGGGUUGACAGACUUAGUUGUAUAUUUAUUUGCCUCAGAGAUGUUUAUUUUGAAAUACAGUUAUGUGCAUAGCUUUAGGAAGGGUCAAGCUAACGUGAUGUAAUUAUUUUAGAUCAUUGAUUGAGAAUAAUUUAGGAGAAAUAUUUU